UUAUAUGUGUUAGUCCAUUUACUUGUGAUGCCUAAAAAGUUUGUAUGCUAGAAGCCAAUAAAAAAGGAAAAUAAUAGACUGUGGUAUCUCUGAAUUGAAUAUUGAGUACUAUAAACAUCGUUGGUUAACGUGUUAUGUUGACAACGUGUUGAUUGGAAUGUGUGUGGAAUGUUAUGGGUUGUAUGUUGACGUUGUCAUGUGUAGCGAUUUCCUUACUGCUGGGGCUUCAUUGUGCUGACUUCAGUGACGAUUUUCUGGCUAUAUUUCAGUGUAAUGUAUCAUUGUUUGAAAAGGAAAACGAUAAAUUAUAAAGCGAGUUGAUAAUUGUGUAUUCCGGUCUCGAAAUCGUAGUGUGGGUGUAACAAGACUAUUUCUUGCAGACGUUAAAAUGACUAAGCUUAUGGAGUGGCUUUUAGGCGUGAGCCUUUUCGCGAGCAUAUGGAUUGCCCUCGUAACUCGUCAAGUCCACUCGAGAUUACUUGACGAAUGGAUGUUUCUCAUCAAACCACUUCCACUAAUCGUCUUGAUACUGUUUGGUCUUUACUCCAUAGCUGUAAUAUUGUGGAGGGUCUACAACUUCAACAAUUGUGAGGACGCAGCGAAAGAAUUACAGAUGGAAAUCCAAGAAGCCAAAGAUGAUCUCAAGAAGAAAGGUUUUGUGUUUGAUUCUGACAGAUGAGAGAGUGUUUUAUCAAGCUUGUACAUUAUUGUACUGCUGAUUUAUACAUACCAUUCCCUUUUUGAAAUUGUAAGACUGCAUGUAUAUUGAGAAAUUAUUUUUUGUUUAACUUCUGAAAUAUAUAUUAAUAUAUGUAUAUUUA